AUCCCUUCCAGGAGAACACGGUCCUUCAGAGGGAAGGGAGCUCCAGCCUGUAGCCGCGGCGCCAAACCGCCGUCAUCUCCUUCCUGUGCCGGGUGAUCCGUCUCACCCACCCGGAAAAACAUAGUCCGCCCCUCGCGUCCUUGUGGAGUAGCGUUUGUUUCCACUGUGACUCUCUUUGCCCGCAUCUUCGUCUUUCCCAUCCCAAGUACUCUAGGACCCACCGAAAGGAUAAGCCAGCUCUGAACAGAAACCUCAAAGCAAAAGAGAGAGAAGGAGCCGAGUGGAAGGGAGGGAAAGGCGAGGCUGGCGGAGGGACACCGAGGACCGAAGCCGUAGUGCGCACGCGCGGCGGCAGGAACGAGUUCCGGUCUGGCCGGGGCCUGUCUCCUAAAAAUAGCCCCGGUGUGGGGAUCCGUGCGCGGAUGUCCCGGCGAGUCCCGGGCUGAAGGAGGCGGCUCCGGGCGGCGCGGAGCGCUGGUGGCUGGCCCGGGCUGCAGCGUGUGUGCGCUCGCCAGCUGCGCCGGAGACACGGAAUUGCAUUUUGUGAAAAAGGAACAAAGAAGAAUUUUCUGCAAGGAUCAUAUUAAGUGCACUUUUUUGCUGAUACAUCAUUUCUAAGGCUACACUGAGGAGAAUUGACCUGCUAAGGAUGUUGAGUCUUCUGAUACAUGAACUUGAGAGAGAGAACUCACACAAGCAGGGUGAGAGGGAGAAGUAGGCUCCCCACUGAGCAGAGAGCCCGACGGACAUGGGGUUUGAUCCCAGGACCCUGGGAUCAUGACCUGAGCCAAAGAUCUUAUAGAAAAUUUCAGCUGUAGCCCUUGGACUAGAAGCUGAAAUAAUAGAAGCUGUGUACGAUGCAUUAGGGUAUUGAAGAAAAUUAAUUUUGAAUUAAAUAUUUGGAAUAUAAGGAAGGAAAGGUGACUGAAAAUGGGGCGGAAGAAAAUUCAAAUCACACGCAUAAUGGAUGAAAGGAACCGACAGGUUACUUUUACAAAGAGAAAGUUUGGACUAAUGAAGAAAGCCUAUGAACUUAGUGUGCUCUGUGACUGUGAAAUAGCACUCAUCAUUUUCAACAGCUCUAACAAACUGUUUCAGUAUGCCAGCACUGACAUGGACAAAGUUCUUCUCAAGUAUACAGAGUAUAAUGAACCUCAUGAAAGCAGAACCAACUCGGAUAUUGUUGAGGCUCUGAACAAGAAGGAACACAGAGGGUGCGACAGCCCAGACCCUGAUACUUCCUAUGUGCUAACUCCACAUACAGAAGAAAAAUAUAAAAAAAUUAAUGAGGAAUUUGAUAAUAUGAUGCGGAAUCAUAAAAUCGCAGUGAGUACUAAACCUGGUUUGCCACCUCAGAACUUCUCAAUGUCUGUCACAGUCCCUGUGACCAGCCCUAAUGCUUUGUCCUACACUAACCCAGGGAGUUCACUUGUGUCCCCAUCUUUGGCCGCCAGCUCGACAUUAGCAGAUUCAAGCAUGCUGUCUCCGCCUCAAGCCACAUUACACAGAAAUGUAUCCCCUGGAGUCCCUCAGAGACCACCAAGUACUGGCAGUGCAGGUGGGAUGUUGAGCACUUCAGACCUCACAGUGCCAAAUGGAGCCGGGAGCAGCCCAGUGGGGAACGGAUUCGUAAACUCAAGAGCUUCUCCAAAUUUGAUUGGAACUACUGGUGCAAACAGUUUAGGCAAAGUUAUGCCUACAAAGUCUCCCCCUCCUCCAGGUGGUGGCAAUCUUGGAAUGAAUAGUCGAAAACCAGAUCUUCGAGUUGUCAUCCCUCCUUCAAGCAAGGGCAUGAUGCCUCCACUGUCGGAGGAAGAGGAAUUGGAGUUGAAUACCCAGAGGAUAAGCAGUUCUCAAGCUACUCAGCCUCUAGCUACCCCGGUCGUGUCUGUGACCACCCCGAGCUUGCCUCCACAGGGACUCGUGUACUCAGCCAUGCCGACCGCCUACAACACUGAUUACUCGCUGACUAGCGCAGACCUGUCGGCCCUGCAGGGCUUCAACUCCCCGGGCAUGCUGUCUCUGGGACAGGUGUCGGCCUGGCAGCAGCACCAUUUAGGACAAGCAGCCCUCAGCUCUCUGGUUGCUGGAGGGCAGUUAUCUCAGGGUUCGAAUUUAUCCAUUAAUACCAACCAGAACAUCAACAUUAAGUCAGAACCAAUUUCACCUCCCCGGGAUCGAAUGACCCCGUCAGGCUUCCAGCCGCAGCCGCCGCAGCCGCCGCCCCCCCAGCCCCCCCAGCCCCCCCAGCCCCGGCAGGAAAUGGGGCGCUCCCCUGUGGACAGUCUGAGCAGCUCGAGCAGUUCCUAUGAUGGUAGUGACCGGGAGGACCCACGGGGCGACUUCCAUUCUCCAAUCGUGCUUGGCCGGCCCCCCACCACGGAGGACAGAGAAAGCCCUUCCGUCAAGCGAAUGAGGAUGGACGCGUGGGUGACCUAAGGCUCCCGGGCUGGUGUUCGUACUUCGUGAUCUGCAGCGAACUGCCCUACAUAUCUACAUCGGUAAAUAAGGACAUGAGUUAACUAUAUUUAUACGUACAUACAUACAUAUAUAUCCCUUUAUAUAUAUAUGUAUGUGGGCGUGAGUGUGUGUGUGUGUGUGUGUGGGUGUGUGUUGCAUACAGAAUUGGGCACUUACCUGCCUCGUAGAUCUGCAGAUGUGCGUCCCAUGGCAAACAAAGCGCCCUGUAGGCAGAGUCUAGUCUGGCACUUCCUUGGACUACUUGUUUCAUAAGAUAACCAGUUUUUGCAGAGAAACGUGUACCCAUAUAUAAUUCUCCCACACUAGCUUGCAGAAACCUAGAGGGCCCCUAUUUGUUUUAUUUAACUGUGCAGUGACUGUAGUUACUUAAGAAAAAUGCUUUGUAGAACAGAGCAGUAGAAAAGCAGGAACCAAGAAAGCAAUACUGUACAUAAAAUGUCAUUUAUAUUAAUUACCCAGCCUGGCAUGGGUCUCUGUUGCAGAGGGGUGCAUGGGAAGGGCUGUUGAUAUUUAAAAAAAAAAAAAACAAAAAACAAAACAAAAAAGCCCCACACAUAACUGUUUUGCACGUGCAAAAAUGUAUUGGGUCAAAGAAGUGAUCUUUAGCUAAUAAAAAAGAGAGAGAGUAGAAAACACGCAUGAGAUAUUCAGAAAAUACUAGCCUAGAAAUAUAGAGCAUUAACAAAAUAAAUUAAUAUAUUAAGUUAUAAUUGGACUAUGUCAGAAGUUUCUUUUUACAUUCAUAUCUUAAAGAAACUGAUUUUAGCUCAUGUAUAUUUUAUAUGAAAGAAAACACCCUUAUGAAUUGAUGACUAUAUAUAAAAUUAUAUUCACUACUUUUGAACACAUUCUGCUAUGAAUUAUUUAUAUAAGCCAAAGCUGUAUGUUGUAACUUUUUUUUUUAAGAGAAUAGCUUUAUCUUGUUUUAACUUUUUAGUUUUAUUUUAAGAGGGGAAAAAAAAAAACAAACAAAAAUACCUUGCAAGCAGAACCUUGGAAAAAAAAAGCCAUGAACACUUAUUAUUCUAUAUGUAAAUUAAAAGUUGAGCCAAACUCUUUUGUGUAUAUAGCAUCUUAAAUAUAUGAUCACCUUUGAUGUAAGUACCUAUGUAUUGUAUGGUCACCAGAUUAAAAAGUAUAUUUUUGUGGAUUGCCGCCAAUUUGGGGGGAAAAGGCGAGAUCCUUAUUAAGUAGAGUAUUCACUGUUUAAUAUUUACUAUUUUGUUAAAUAUACUGUACUUUGGAUUUUAAUUAUUAGCCCAGUCUUUUCAGAGGAUUGUAUAAAGGGGUUUCUCCCCUCACUGGUGGUGAAUGUGUGAUGAUGUUACAUUGUAAUCUUUGUGCUGUAUGGGUUGAGCAUCAUUAUAUAUUUUAUAUGUGUACAUAAAUAGCAAAGUGGCAAAAAAAACGUGUUAAGUUCAUCUUGCAUAAAUAUAAAAUGUGUUGUAACAGAUUUUAUAAGGCAUUACUUAAAACUUGCCUUUUGUGAGGAAAAGAAAUAUAGUAGAAAAAGCUGGCCUAAUUUAAUAUUAGAGAACAUGGCAAAAUAGUAGAUGAGCACAAAGGUUUUAUAAGUGGUAAAUGAUUAGGGAAAAAUAUUUGUGGGGGAAGGGAUCUUUUUUUCCUGGCCCCUCUGAAAUAGAACGAUGCACCUGGUCACAAGAUACUACCCUUCGCCACUCUCUGUGCAUGGCAGUGGCACUUCGGUGGGGGGAGAAGCUCUCUCCCGGGCCCUUCGCUAGCCGGCAUGGCUCACCGUCCUCACGAAACCCGGGCCGCACUCAGCUUAGCCUUUGAAUGAGGCCUUCCUCCUACAGGAAGACAGCAAAGCCGUGAUGGCAGGUUCGUCCGUUUCCUGGGCUUGUGCCACAAACAAAAUUCAAAGUCCUGUAUAUCUUUCCUCAUAGAUUUUUAAAUACUCCCUUUCCUGAGAAACUCAAAGUAAGGGUUUAAACAUUGCUGCUAUUUUGUAUUUUAAACUUAAUGUUGAGCAGCUACCUACAAUUUUUUACUUACAUUUUGCUUUUCCCCCUAAAUUGCCUGCCUUCUGACAUUUUCCUCAUGCUAUUUGUGACAAAUCAUCAGCCAGAUUUCCUGACUGACACAUGGGUAUUAGGUACAGGGGAAACCUGUGGUGUUCACAGCUACAAAAUGGAUUCGGUUUUAGGAACAGUUUGGGUAGUAAAUUUCAAUAGAAGCCAAAAAAAAAGGGAGGGUGACGUGCUGUCUCCUCUCGUCAGGAUGGCCGUUGGGCUCUUAUUCAGAAAGGAUUAGUUUCUCUUUAAAAUGUACUUACUUUACUGAACCGCAUACAGGCACGUUUCUUCAUAAGGUCACACCUGAUGGAAACAAGACAGUCUCCCAACACUGAAUUUCCAAGAUAAUCCUUACCACUUUGUAAACCAUUUAUAGCUUUGAAAGUGUUAAGUGAUUCUUUCGUUACUAUUCAUGCACGUUCAUGAACUUCUGCUGUACAUUGGAAUAGGAGUUACCACAUUCGCAUUUACUGUCUAUUUUCUUGUGUGCCUUAUGAGAUGGCUUUUCUGACUGUAUCUCAAUAGUCUUUCUUUCUAUGCAGGUUUAUAAUCAGUACAACUACUGUUUUCUAAAAUACUAUUACACGAGGCUCGGAGUUUGUAUUUCAAUUACGCUGACCAAGUAACAAUGUAUUCCGUUUUCAGGAAGUGAAUAUUUGACUGUUAACCCUUUUCCUGUCUGCCCAGUGUGACCUGGAGCGUAUGGACUUGACAGACACCCCUCACCCAGACUCCAUGUACAAACACAUACACAUGCACAUCUCCUGGUGGAAACCAACUCAGAGCGGGGAAGACACGAAUGGUGUUUCUUUAGAACUGACUUUUCUUACCGUUUUAGACUCGUGUGUUUUGUAUGACACCAUCACAAGAAAAUUUUAUCCUUCAGAUGAAGUAUUUUAUUACUAAAAGACAAAAACAAAAAAAGCUUAGAGGACACUGCACUGGUUCAAGUACGGUUUCCAACAGCUGUCCUUCCCUCAGUGCGCUAACCGGUCCUACAUUGAGAGUGAGAGUCACCAUUGUAUGUCUGCAGAUGGUCCCGAUCGAAACUCCAUCUUUUGAGCCCUAAUUAUGUCCAUUGUGUUAGAGACUAAAUCAGGGGUUUGUUCUGAAAGAACAACAUAUGUUUUACCAUUUCCUUUAACUAUAAGGACAACUAACAAAGCAUUAACCUAUUUUCUGUAUUAACCAUCGUGCGCACAAGAAAUACAUAGUAAAUAAGGAACCAGAAAACUCCUGGCAUUGGAUCAUAAGAAGCUAGAUGAUUAGAAUGUGAAAAAGAUUUUACAAAUGUAAAACUUUUAUUUCUCUGUAGAAACUUUCUUCACUUUGCUGUGCAAGAAGACACUGCUUUGCUAUAUUUAAAAUGGCUUUUUUAAAAAGAGAUUUAUGUAUUUGGUAAAUGUUUGUAGUCAACAGUUCACACAAGAAGCUGUACACGGUUUGAUCAUGUAAAACCGUUUGGCGGCACAAGCUGGACUUUGUUGCCAUCCUUGAGAUGAACCUUUUAAGAAAAAUAAGUUAAUCUCAAUUUUUCCCUGAAUGUGUUGUUUUUUCUUCAUUAUACAAUAAAUAUUAUAGUGAACUUUUUAUCAAAUGGUUAAGAAAAUGCUAGAGGUUGUUGUAAACUAUUUGUAUCCUGCACUCACUACAGUAAAGACGGACUGGCUUUUCCUGUGUA